AUGGAGGCAUUUUUAAUGUCUCACUCGUAUGAUGUUUGGCAUGCUGCUGUGCAUGGUAUUAAGAUUCUCAGUCCUAAAAAUCCCACUGAAGCUGACAAAGUUGUUGUGGCUAAUGAUGGUAAAGCUAAACAUGUCCUCUAUUGUGCUUUGAAGCAACAAGAAUUUACCAGAGUCAAGAAUUGUAAAACAGCUAAGGAAAUAUGGGACUUUCUUCAGGCUACUCAUGAAGGAAGCACUAUUAUCAAAGAAAACAAGAUUCAGCUCUUCAAAGUUCACUAUGAAGCUUGCAAGAUGGAAGAAAGGGAAACUGUGGAUGAAUACUUGUUUAGGAACAAUGACAUUGUCAAUAACAUGAAAUCCCUUAGUGAAGACAUUAAGGACUUUGAUGUUUGUAAGAAGAUACUUAGGUCACUUACACCUAGGUUCAAUGCAAAAGUUAAAAUUCUUGAGGACAAAGACUUAUCUCAAAUGAAGAUUGAUGAACUUCAAGCUUCUCUUAUUGCCUAUGAAAUGAGAAUUGGUGUUCUAACUUUCCAAAGAAGAGAAGCUACUCUAAAAGCCAAAGAAGUUAUAGAAGAAUCUGAACCAAAGUCUGAAAAAGAUGAUCUUGAAGAGGAUGAAGUGGCCUAUCUGUCAAAGAAAUUCAAGAAGUUCAGGUUCAAGAAGAAAAAUCAGUCUCAAAACCUAACCUGCUAUGGUUGUGUUUUUAAAGCCCAUAACAUUAAUGACAAAUGGUAUGUUGACAGUGGUUGCUCAAGGCACAUGACAGGUGAUAGUUCUAAGUUUGUCUCUCUGAAAAACUUUGAUAGAGGAAAUGUUAUCUUUAGAGAAAAUCAAAAGGCUAAGAUUAUUGGAAUUGGCACUGUGAGUAAGUUUAAAGAAUUGCCUGAGAUUAAAGAGGUAAUACUUGUUGAAGGCCUCAAACAUAAUCUUCUAAGUGUAAGUCAAUUGUGUGACAGUCGGAAGAAUGUGUGUUUUGAUAAAGGGAAGUGUAAUGCUGUUGACAUUGAAUUAGAAAAGGUUCUAUUCUCAACUUGUAGAUCUUUUAGAAAUGUGUACACAGUAUUUGAAGAAGCCACUCACUGUAACUUGACCACUCUAGAUGAAGCUAUACUGUGGCAUAAGAGACUAGGUCAUCUCCACUCAAGAAAUCUAACCAAAAUCCUAAAGCUGAAAGCUGUGAAAGGCCUACUUGAUCUAAAAUUUAGUGAUAAUCAUCUUUGCAAAGCUUGUCAACAAAGAAAAUAA